GCCGUUAGCCGCUAUAUGCUGGGAAUAACGUUAGAGCGGUUGCUACCGCCGGAGCCACGCAGGGAGGCGGAGGGUCCGUGAGCGCCCUUUCCUCGUCCCUCCUCCCUCCCGCGCGUCCUCGCCGUGGAGGAGAAGAUGGUGGGCCAGUGAGCCGGCGCUUCGGGUUUCCCGAGGGGGGGAUGACGUAGCCUUGUGAGGAUUUAUCAGCUAAGCAGAAAAUGAGCUUAACAUCCUGGUUUUUGGUGAGCAGUGGAGGCACCCGCCAUAGGCUGCCACGAGAGAUGAUUUUUGUUGGAAGAGAUGACUGUGAGCUGAUGUUGCAGUCACGUAGUGUGGACAAGCAACAUGCUGUAGUCAACUAUGAUGCCUCUACUGAUGAACACUUAGUGAAGGAUUUAGGCAGUUUAAAUGGGACAUUUGUGAAUGAUGUACGGAUUCCAGAACAAACAUACAUCACCCUGAAACUUGAUGAUAAAUUGAGAUUUGGAUAUGAUACCAAUCUUUUUACUGUAGUCAGAGGAGAGAUGAGAGUCCCAGAAGAAGCACUUAAGCAUGAAAAGUUUACAAGUCAACUGCAGUUAUCCCAGAAAUCCUCAGAGGCAGAAGGAUCAAAAGUGACGAGUGCCAAAGCUGCAGAGCCAAAGAUACAAGACACUAUUGCUGAAGGACACCACAAAGCUAUUGACGCACUGAAAUCUGAAGAGAAGUCUGCAGAGCUUUCUGCCAUGCCUCGGGGUACACCUUUAUACGGACAGCCAUCAUGGUGGGGUGAUGACGAAGCUGAAGAACACAAUGGUUACAAACAAGAUAAUAAACCAGAAGAGAAAAUACAAGGGACUGAAGUUUUAGGAUGCAGCACAGAUGGCAAGCAAGCUGAGGAGCAAUCUGCAGCUGCAAGUGAAGAAGAACCUUAUCCUUUCUGUAGGGAGCCAAGUUAUUUUGAAAUCCCUACAAAGGAAUUCCAGCAACACUCACAAAUAACUGAGGGUGCUAUUCAUGAAAUUCCAACAAAAGACACACACAUAGCAGGGGCAGGGCAUGCUUCAUUUACUAUUGAAUUUGAUGACAGCACUCCAGGAAAAGUAACCAUCAGAGAUCAUGUCACCAAAUUCACUCCGGAUCAGCGCCACAAGUCUAAGAAGCCUUCUCCUUCUGGUGCUCAGGAUCUUCCUGGGCUUCAAACUGUGAUGAUGGCACCAGAGAGUAAAGUGGCAAACUGGUUAGCACAAAACAAUCCCCCAACAAUGAUCUGGGAUGCAACAGAGGAAGAUUCAAAAAGUAUUAAGAGUGAUGUUCCAGUCUACUUGAAGAGACUGAAAGGAAAUAAACAUGAUGAUGGGACACAGAGUGAUUCAGAAAAUAUUGGGGCACACAAGCAUUACAGCAAACGGGCAGCACUUGAAGACCAGUUAAGGCAUUAUACUGAACAGAAAAAAUUGCAUGCAAAAGCACAGGAGAUAGAGAAACAUUCAGAUCAACCUACUGCAAGUCAGACUGCUUUUAUGAUUGAGUUUUUUGAUGAAGGUCAUCCCCGGAAGCGGAGAUCAUACUCCUUUUCUCAAAACGUUGGAGCUUUGUGCCCUGAACCACCUUCCUCAUCACCCCAUACAAGAACUGAAAAGGUGAAAACUGCUGCAAUUGACUCUAAAGGGAGUUCAUCGCCUUUACAAAAUAGUUCUACACAGCAAAGAUCAGUUCAUGCAAAAUUAUUAAAGCAAAAAUCAGAAGAACCUUCUGCUGCAUUACCUUUCUUACAGACUGCGUUGUUAAGGAGUUCUGGAAGCCUUGGGCACAGACCAAGUCCAAAUGAGGACAUGGAGAAAAAGUUAAAAAGCCAAAUGGUUUCAGUGACUGUUGAAAAAGAUGAUGAUGACCAAAGUGAUAAAGGUACUUAUACAAUUGAAUUAGAAAAUCCCAAUACUGAGGAAGUUGAAGCUCGCAAGAUGAUUGAUAAGAAGCCCCUCGAUGUCAAGUGGCAAGCAUGUUUUGAAACAGAGGUCUCAAAUACCUACUGUGCAUGUGGAACUAGUUGUUCAGCUUGUUGGAUCCAGGCCAUAGCAUUUAAGGUUUUUGGAGUGGAUGACAGCCAGGAUUAUAAUAGGCCUGUUAUCAACGAGAGCCAGAAAGAUUUAGUAAAAGAUUGGGCUAUAAAUUCUGCUACAGUAGUGCUGGAAGAAAAAAGACCACUGAGUACAACUGGAUAUCUUGACACAGAGGAAAGCACCAGUACAUCUGGAAGCAAACGCUGGGUGUCACAGUGGGCUAGUCUGGCUGCUAAUCAUACGAAACAUGAAGAAUGUGAAGUACAAAUGGAAUCACCUGCUCCUGCUCAUCUAGAAAAUGAUACUGACAUCAGUGAAUCUGGCCUAUCAGUUAGAAGUGCUGGCUCAGCAGCCUCUUUGAUUAACCAAGGAGACCGAAAGAGACGAACACUUCCCCAAUUGCCAAAGGAGGAAAAUAUCACAGAAGGACAAAGAACAAAAUUUACAACCCAUCAGAGAUCAGAGAUAGGUGAAAAACAAGACACAGAACUUCAAGAGAAAGAAACUCCAACUCAUACUCAAAAAGAAAUAGGACAAGCUGCUGAUAAAAGCCUGACUAAAGCAAGCAGGGCAAUGAAUGGCCUUUCUCCUAAAGCGGACAAGACAUUUUUUCACUCUAACAAUUGCCUCUCAUCUGGCAAAGAUCAAAGUGAAACUGGCAGGGAAACAUCAGUGGUAAAACAAGCUUUAGCUAAAAUUCACCAGCAGGAACAAAAUGAGCUAGCACAUUGGAUCCCCACUAAAUUAACUUCUUCAAAAACUCUAAACCAAGUUGAAAGAGGAAGAGGAGAGGCUUCUCUAUCCCAUAAAACAGAUAAUAAAGAAAAGGCAUCAGGACGUAGUACAGGCAAAACAGACGUUAAAGUGGCACAAAGUGAAGGGAAAAGAAAGAAAGUUGAGGAAACAUCAAAAUGCCAAGCUACAAAAGGAUUUAGCGGGGAUAAGAAAGAAACAUCAAAACCAUUAGUGAGACAGGGCAGUUUUACUAUAGAUAAACCAAGUACAAAUAUACCUAUAGAGCUCAUCCCUCAUAUUAAUAAACAGACAGGAAAUACUCCACCAUCAUUUUCUUCAACAAAUACCAACAAAAUAUGUGAGAAAAGUGAUUCAGUGGAAACAGAUUCCAGUCUUGAUACAACACUUAUUUUAAAGGACACAGAAGCUGUAAUGGCUUUCCUUGAAGCUAAGCUGCGUGAAGAAAAUAAAACAGAUGAAGGACCUGAAACUCCCAGCUAUAACAGAGAUAAUUCGAUCUCACCUGAAUCAGAUGUGGAUACUGCUAGUACAAUUAGUUUGGUUACUGGAGACAGUGAAAGAAAACCAACCCAGAAACGAAAAAGCUUUACCACCCUUUACAAAGAUAGGUGUUCCACUGGUUCUCCUUCAAAGGAUUCUUUAAAGUCUUCUACAAGCGCUAGAGAAAAAACUGAAAAGAAAACAAAAAGUCGUUCUUCAGAAACUGGUUCAAGGAGUGAUUCACGCAAGAUUGUGCAAAGCAGUGGAAGAAUAAGACAACCUUCAGUGGAUUUAACAGAUGAUGAUCAAACUUCUAGUGUACCCCAUUCUGCCAUUUCUGAUAUAUUGUCUUCUGACCAGGAAACAUGCUCUGGCAAAUCACAUGGAAGGACUCCUUUUACCUCAGCAGAUGAACAUUUGCAUUCCAAAACAGAAGGUACCAAAUCAGCUAAACUGAAAUCUCCAGCAUCAACUUCACAAUCUAGUAAAUCAACCACACUUCCAAGACCUCGCCCCACAAGGACUUCGCUUUUACGUAGAGCACGGCUUGGUGAAGUGUCAGAUAGUGAGCUUGCAGAUGCAGAUAAAGCCUCGGUGGCUUCUGAGGUAUCAACUACAAGUUCUACAUCCAAGCCCCCAUCAGGAAGGAGAAAUAUUUCAAGAAUUGACCUGCUUGCCCAGCCACGUAGAAAUAGGCUUGGUUCUUUAUCAGCAAGAAGUGACUCUGAGGCAACAAUAAGUAGAAGUACUGCAUCAUCUCGUACUCCAGAAGCCAUAAUUAGAAGUGGAAUUAGGCUAACACCACCAGCAGAUAGUACUAAAGUUUCUCCAAGAAUUAGAGCUAACAGCAUUUCUCGCCUGUCGGACUCCAAGUCCAAAUCUUUGUCUUCAGCCCACAAUUCUCCAUCAGUAAAUUCAAGAUGGAGGCGGUUUCCUACUGAUUAUGCUUCCACCUCGGAAGAUGAAUUUGGAUCAAACCGUAAUUCUCCUAAACAUGCCCGUCUACGUACUUCUCCAGCCCUGAAAACUACUCGAUUGCAGAGCACUGGAACACCAACGCAAACUAGCAAUAUCUUCAAGCAUAGGAUAAAGGAACAGGAGGACUACAUCCGUGACUGGACAGCUCAUCGAGAAGAAAUAGCAAGGAUCAGUCAAGACCUGGCUCUCAUCGCGCGGGAAAUCAAUGAUGUAGCAGGAGAGAUAGAUUCGGUGACUUCAUCAGGCACUGCGCCUAGUACCACAGUAAGCACUGCUGCCACCACCCCUGGCUCUGCCAUAGACACUAGAGAAGAGGUAGGAGAUCUUCAUGGAGAAAUGCAUAAGCUAGUGGACCGUGUAUUUGAUGAAAGUCUAAACUUCAGGAAGAUUCCUCCAGUAGUAAAUUCUAAAACACCAGAUGGCAGCACUCGGCCUAAUGAUCCCAAACCACAGCCAACGGAUACACCUGAGCCCCCCACAAUUACACGCCGUCGCACUUGGAGUAGGGAUGAAGUUAUGGGGGAUACCUUGCUGUUGUCCUCAGUCUUCCAGUUUUCCCGGAAAAUUAGACAAUCUAUAGAUAAAACAGCUGGUAAAAUCAGAAUAUUAUUUAAGGACAAAGAUCGGAAUUGGGAAGAUAUUGAAAAGAAACUGCGAGCCGACAGUGAUAUCCCUAUAGUGAAAACAUCAAGCAUGGAAAUAUCAUCAAUACUGCAAGAACUGAAGAGAGUUGAGAAACAGCUUCAAGUGAUAAAUUCUAUGAUUGACCCUGAUGGAACACUGGAUGCUCUGAGCAAUUUGGGAUUCGCUACCCCUGUCCCAGCAACUCAGCCUAAGCAGAAGUCCAGCCCUGUUUCUCAAAGUACCCAUCCUCAGAUACAGUCAAACUGUACACCAGAAGCAAGGGCUGUUCGACCAGCCAUUGCUUCUGCCUCAAGUGAACUUGGCAAUGUUGAAUCUGAGCAUGACUUCAGUAUUCAUUUUAAUAGGUUCAAUCCAGAUGGAGAGGAGGAAGACCCAGCUUUGCAUGAAUGACACAAAUGUUAUACGUACCUUUAGUAUUGAAUGUGCAGAAGUUAAUGAGUCAUGCCAUUGUUCCAAAAGCUUGGUGAAAUUGCCAUUGCUUUAUUAUACCAAGUACUUAACUGUGAUGUUUUUGAUGUCACACCACUUGACUCUAAGGUAAACAUUGGUACUGACACUGAAAUGCAGUUGGUGGUAAUUUUAUGGGCUUUACAAGCACUUACUAUGAAUUGUUUCCUCUAUAGUUUAAUUAGUUUAAACAGACUGAAAGCAGGUGAAAGUCCAUCACUAUUGAGCUUCUAAAUCUCCUGUGCCAAGCUGAUUUGUAAUUGAGCCUCUUUACUUAAAUUUGUAUAACAUGAUCAAUCACUUAAUUUUUUUUUCUGAAUAAGGGAAUCUAAAUUAGGACAUAUUGCAUUUCAAUACCAUGGAACACUACAGUACAAGGAAAAACAAGCUUCACAACCCAUUCAGUGUUGCAUACAGAAGCUUUCAAACUACAGAAGCUUUGUGAUUUAUAUAAUUUCAUUGGUAUGUACAUUGUCUUGGGGUUUCAGAGCUCAGAUAUUAUGUUUGCACUAACAAUCUGCCAGGAGUGGAAGGUGAACAUAUCAGUAUCCCAAGGGGCUAAUAAUCUUUUACUUAGGAAAUUGGACAUAAUUGUACGGAAGAAAGAAAGGCCCCAUCAACGCAGCUGUUUGUCCACUUCACAGAAGGAUCUAAUUGGCCCUCACUGAUCCUGGUCAAUAUGUCUUUUUGAUGUUGAUGAAAAGUAAAUGUCAUAUCAUUUCUGUCCAGAUGUUUGGAAAUAUGAAACCAGUUUAAAUGUAUAGCUAUGUAAGUCUGUUGCUUGAAAUCCUUUCUCAUGCUGUCACACCAAGGUCAAACAGAAAAUGCAUUCAUAAGUUCUCCUUGAGAUGAUCAUGAGUUGUAAAUUUUUCUUCAGAAGAUUUGGAGGUAGUGUAGUAAUGAUCUGGUCAAUAGACUGACUCCAGGCAUUCAAUUGCUCAUGUUUUCCUGUAGACUCUCUAGUAAGUCUAUCUUAUAUGUUUAUAAGAAUUUCUGAAAAGAAAGUGCUAACAUAGGCCUUUGCUUAUAUUACUUACAACUAAAGCUAUUAAAAUAUCCCAUAUAAGCCUAUUUAUCUUUAAACUUGUCCCAGUAACUUAACAUUUGGAAAUAAUAAUAAAAUGUUCAUGAUCUUGUAUUUCCAGAACACUGUAAUUCAAGAACGCCUGUUAAAUGCAACUAGUAACUGGAAUUUUCUUGUGUUUUUUUUUCCUUCGGUCUAUAUAUUAGGGUUACAAGUACAACUUGGAAGCUUUUAUGAAGUAGUCUUUAAUAUUUCAGCAAUAAUCUUAUGUGUGACUUGUUUAAAAUAGUUUUUUCCUGUACAUUUUUAAACUGUACAGGAUUUUGGAAGUCAUUGCAAUGCCUGACCAAUUAAAUAUAGAAAAACACUUUUUUGUAGAGAUAUAAAAAUAAAAACCCAAUGACCCUGUUGUAUAUUGGAUUCAAUUUUGUUGCUUUACACUUAAAAACUGCCUUUUGUCAAGCUCUGUAUCCCACUCUCAAUUACCAGAAGUCAGGAAACUACUUGUUUACAGGUGCAAAGUUUAAACUGGUGUAGGACAAAAUACAUUGAAAGAAGUGACAAGCUUUUAGCCAUCAUCCUUCCUUCCUUUGUUUUCAGUGCUUGGAAGGAGAACCAUCAAGACACAAGUAUGGGAAAAUAGGAAAUGCUUAUGGAUAAAAUAAACAUGUAGGCUCUUCACACAAGUCUUUUUGUGUUUUGUUUUUUUUCUGAUGUUUACACCUUUUGUUCUGUAAUAAAUGUUUGCCUUUACAAUGUUCUUAUUUGUAUGGACACAUAUGUCUUAUUUAUUUUUGUUACAUUUAUUAUGUAUGUUGUUACAAGCAUUUACAGCUCCAUUUUUAAAUAAAGUGUUUCUGGAACUUUA